CAGCAUCACAGCUGGACCAGUCUGGACUCAGAGUCUCCCCAGACCUCAAGAGCACCCGUCAUGAGGCCCCCAGCCCUCCUGCUGCUGCUCUCAGGGGCCCUGGCAGAGACCUGGGCAGGCUCCCACUCCCUGAGGUAUUUCUCCAGCGUGAUGUCCCGGCCCGGCCCCGGGGAGCCCCACUACAUCGCCGUGGGCUCCGUGGACGACACGCCGUUCGUGCGGUUCGACAGCGACGCGGCGGGGCCGAGGAUGGAGCCGCGGGCGCCCUGGGCGGGGCGGGAGUGGCCGGGGUACUGGGAGGAGGAGACGCGGAUCAUGAAGGCCAACGCGCAGAUGUUCCGAGAGAGCCUGAACAACCUGCGCGGCUACUACAACCAGAGCGCGGCCGGCUCUCACACCCUCCAGAGGAUGUCUGGCUGCGACAUGGGGCCCGACGGGCGCCUCCUCCGCGGGUACAGUCAGGUCGCCUACGACGGCGCCGAUUACCUGGCCCUGAACGGGGACCUGCGCUCCUGGACCGCGGCGGACACGGCCGCUCAGGUCUCCCGGCGCAAGUGGGAGGCCGAAGCCACUAAGCGCUGGAGGAUCUACCUGGAGGGCACGUGCUUGGAGUGGCUGCGCAGAUACCUGGAGCACGGGAAGGAGACGCUGCAGCGCUCAGAGGCCCCAAAGACACACGUGACCCACCACCCCACCUCUAAUGAGAAGGUCACCCUGAGGUGCUGGGCCCUGGGCUUCUACCCUGCGGACAUCACCCUGACCUGGCAGCGAAAUGAGGAGGACCUGACCCAGGACACGGAGCUGGUGGAGACCAGGCCUGGGGGGGACGGAACCUUCCAGAAGUGGGCGGCUGUGGAGGUGCCUUCUGGAGAGGAGCAGAGAUACACGUGCCAUGUGCAGCAUGAGGGGCUGCUGGAGCCCCAAAUCCUGAGAUGGGUGCCACCUCCUCAGCCCACUGUCCCUACUGACGCCAUCCUCCCCACUGUGGACUUCGUUGCUGGCCUGCUUCUCCUUGGAUCUGUGCUCAGUGUAGCUGUGGUGGCUGCAGCUGUGAGGUAGAAGAUACACUCAGACAAAUGUACAAUGACGUGGGCACCAUAGUGUGUCCUACGCAGUAGACUCACUGCCCUGAAAAUCUUCUGUGCUCCAAGGAAACAGAAGCAAAGAGAGACCAGUGGAGACACAUCAAACUGCAAGCUCCUGCCCAACGAAGGAAACUGUCAUUAAAUGUAAAGACACCCUAUGGAGUGAGAGAAAUAAUUUGCAUAUCAUACAUCCAAGAUGUAUGAAUAAUACAUAUAAGUCAACAACCAGAAAACAACCCAAUCAAAAACGCGGAGAGGAACUAAGUGGACACUUCUCCAAAGAAGAUACAGAUGGCCACAGGCACAUGGAAAAUGCUCCCAUCACACAUCAUCAGGAGAUGCAGAUCAGGACCACAAUGAGACACCACCUCGCACCUGUGAGGUGGCUCAUAUUAACAAGACCAGAGACAGCAAGUGUUGGCAAGGUGUGGGGGAAAAGGAACCUUCAUACACUGUUGUGGGAAUUGGUCCAGCCUCUAUGGAAAACAGUAUGGAGUUUCCUCAAAAUAUUAAACAUAGAUCUGCCAGGGGCCCCAGCAUCCACUCCUUGGGGUUGAUCCAAAGAAUGCAAAAGCUCAUUUCAAAUGAUAUGUGCACUUUUUUUAAAAUUUAUUUAUUUAUACAAGCACUGGGUAUAGUCAGAAGCGCGGGAGGGUGGGAGAAUUCACCAGAGCCAGAGCGGGUAGCAAAACAGGCAGAAGGACCAAAGUACACUGCUGAGGGGAGCAGGGGGUGCGGCAGGAGAGGUCUGUGCGCCAUGUGGGACCCUCGCAGGCGGCCAGGGAUCGAACCGGUGCUGCAGAGGCUGCGGGCAGCUUCGCAGCCCAGUGCUCAACCGCUGCACCACUGGGGAGGCCCCAUAUGUGCACUCUUGUGUUCACUGGAACAGUAUUUACAAUCGCCAAAUUAUGGAAACAAUCUAUGUGCAUAAAAUAGAUGACUGGAACUCUUGUGGCAGGUACAUGAAAUCUUGAAUUUACAACAACAUGGAUGGAAAUGGUUUAAAGUAUGCUAAGUGAAAUAAAUCAGGAGAACCACAAAUACCAAAUGAUAUGAUUCCUAUGUGUAAUAUAUAGAAACAAAGCAAAGGAACAGAUAAAACCUAACCUGCCCUUGGAGUCUGGCUGCAGAACUGAGGCUCCCAGAAGGGGUUGCGGGGGGAGCAAAAGGAGUAAGAAGGCCCACAGGAACACAGGGGAGGACUCUGGGUGCAUUGGAGGUGGGGGGAGUGAGGGAACUCGCAUCUGAAGAGGUGAGUCUCCGACUUUGAGUCAUGUGCAAUGUGUAAACGAGUGUUACUUUAAAAAAUACAGUAAUAAAAAAACUUUUAAACCAAGAAAAAAAUUAACUUGUUUUCUCCAUCAAUCACUACCUCAGGACUUUGCUUCGCCUCCUCACUGUCAUGCAGGGUGAGGGUCUGGUUUCUCUCAAGGUCAGAGGCAGGAGGUGCAGGGACUCCUGGGGCUGCUCAGACACCACUGAGUAGAGACACUGCAGAGAAGGUGGCUCUGAGGGGACCAGAGACAGAGGGUCAGAGUAACCCCAGUGCAGAGUGAGGAUCUGGUUCCCAAGGAGAGUUGUGUGUGUGUGUGUGUGUGUGUCAGGAGAGACAGGGCACACAACAUAGACAGUGGGAGGACAAUUACACAUCAAGCCCAGCAUAAAUGAAUUCAAAUCCCACAAAGAGCAAAGAAUGUCAGGACAUCACCUCAAUGGCAAAAG